AUGCUUUGUUUUAAGAAAAUAAUAUGCUUCUUGGGUUCCGUACCUGAAUUGAAUUAUGCAUUUCUAAUUGAUGAUGUUGACUAUCUUGAUCCACUGAUGUUGGACGACUGGUUACCAUCGGUUUUACCAAAAAAUGUUCAUUUUAUUUUUACAUGUGAUGCUAAUUCGAAAUUUCUACAAGCAAUAACAACAACAACAACCAAUCGAUGCCAUAACAAUAACACUUGUUUAAUAAUAUAUCCAAUACCUCAAUUAAAUGCCAAUGAAUGUCGUGCCAUUAUAUUAAAUCAUUUAAAUAAUUAUGGAGUAUGUUGUGUGCAUUCACAAUUGGAAUAUGAGAUCUCUGAAUUAAUUUCAACUUGUGAAUCAAAUAAUCCAUUGUAUUUCAAUAUAGUUUGUAAAUAUUUAAAAUUAUGCAGAACUCAUGAUGAGGUAAAAUCUCUUAUGAAAAAGUUAUCUGGUUCUACAAUUCAUCAAUUGAUCGAUCAAAUGAUCAUGAAAAAUGUUGAAGUUGAAGUUGAAGAAUUAUAUAACAAAGAUUUAAUUAUUGCAACAUUUGGUUUUCUAACUUUUUAUCGUUAUUCAUUAUCAACUAAAGAACUGUUCAUGUUACUCAAUCAAUGGCUUUUGAUUACACAAAAUAUCAAUGAAAAAAGUUCUAUUGUAUCAUCAUGGGAAACGACUAACGCAUGGAAAAUGCUUUCUACCAUACAAACAAAACCGAAUGAUUUAGAAUCAAUUUGUAAAUUGGACAGGAAUAUUGAUAAAUUUAUCUUAUCGACAUUUUCAAAUAGUGUGUAUGCUGAUAACGAUGAUGAUGAUGAUGGUGAUGAUGUCCAUAAAUACGCACAAUUACAUCAUCAUUUAACUCCGUUUGCAUUUUGUUUACUGCUUAAAAGAUUACAACCCUUAUUGAUUUUUUUCAAUAAUACACCCAAUAAUAAUAAUAAUAAUAAUAAUAAUAAUGUUAUGUUAACUAAAGAAAUGACAUUCAAGCAUAAAAUUGAAUUAUGGAAUUUAACAGCUAAAAAUGUAUCAUUUCAAAAUUGUUGUUCAAUGAAACAAUUAAUAUUGAAUAAAUUUUUAAAAAAUCAUGAAAAUUACAUGUAUUCAGAGUAUGCUUUAAAUGUGACCAUACAUAAAAUAUUGGCUAUUGUUAUGCCAGAUUUAGAUGAUAAAUUAUAUCAUUUUCUAUAUGCUGAUGAAUUGGAUAUUAUUUGUCAUUUGCUUACUAGUCCCAUAUUUAUAUACAGAAUUUUAAAGGAACAUCCUGUAACCUUGAUGAAAUUUCUCAAUGGAAAUCCUACAACUGAUCAAUUUUUACUGGAAAAAUGGAAAACGAAACUGAAAUCUUGUCUUUUUAGUGAUAAAAUUGAUGCUAUGAAAAAGUUUAUUUGUAUGAAUUAUGAAUUUUUAGUAAAAUAUCCAAAUUCAUUUUGUGAAUUAGCUAUCAAUCAAGAUUCCAGUCAAUGGAUUCAUAAUUUAGGCGUUUCAUUAUUGUAUGAUACUGAUUUCCAUGUACAAAGGCAAUUAAACAUAAAUAAUAAUAAUAAUCAGUUACUCUUCCGUUUAAAUUCACCAAAAUGCACAUUAAUUAAACCUAUGCAAGCAAAUACGAUAUAUAAACCAAUUGUAACAUUGAAUGGUUCCAUGGAUGUGCCAACAUCUGUGGAAAUGAAUGCAACAGCUAAGAUAUUGGUGUAUGGAACUAGAUGUGGUACUAUCACUUUUGUAGAAUUGUCCUCUAUGCAUGAACUGUGGUCAUUAACUGGACAUCAUUCAAGUGUUGAAAGUUUAUGUUUCCUUGACGAAUUUCCCAGUAAAUCUGAAAAUAAGAAAUCCUCGAAAAAUGUGACUUCACAACUUUGGCUAUUGAGUGGCUCAGAAGAUGGUGAUAUUUUCAUCUGGGAUGUGUCUACUAUGAUUCACAAUGUUGAAUCUAAAAUGGAUCAUAAGGCAGGAGUUUCACAGUUAGCCUCCUUAUGUGGAUAUCAUCGUCGAUGUGUAACCACUUCUGCUUGGCAUCCAAGACGUCAGCUUAUCGCAACCGGGGAUUUGGACUGUUUAGUGUACUUAUGGAAUGUAUCAGAAAUUUCACUUGAACCCAAGCAACAAUCGAAAAGUAUCUGUUCAGUAGAGCUUCAUCCAUACAAGUUGAUAAAUGUAUCUAGUUAUCCGGUUAUUUCAGUUUCAUUUCGAUUACCAUCUCUGUUGAACAAUAAACAAGAAGAUUUAAUCCAUGAUGACUUGGCUAUAGGAUGUUGGGAUGGUACAAUACAUUUCUACAAUUUAUCAUCUUUAUCUAUUGUAAGGUCAUUAUCAGCUUCAACAUCACUCUGUUCACUUGCCUAUUCACCAAAUGGUGGGAAUAUUUUAGCAACGUUUGAUAGAAAUGGUGAAUUAAUGCUAUGGAAUAAUGAUAUACUUUGGUACCAAUGUGGUGUCAUACAAACUAAUCCAUGUAUUGAUUAUGAUUAUUUUCCAUUUGAUCAAUCGGAUGAAUUAAUGCCAAAUUGUAAUGGAAAGAUAUGCUUUUCAAAACCAAACGGUCAAUACAUUUUCCAAUCAGGUGGUGGUCAAUUCUUAAAUUAUUAUAUUAAUAUUUGGGAUACUGGGCUAUGGGCAACGUUUGGUCCAUGGAAUGAUGUGAAACUCCCUGAAAUGAAUUCAAGAAAUUCUGUAUAUGUAACCUGUGUGACUAUAUUGCCUACUUCAGAACAUGUUUUAAUAGGUUGGAGUAAUGGUGAUCUGACUGUUGUUUAUGUAUAUAACGGUAGAUUACUUCAUUAUUUGAAAGCACCGACAGAGGAUAAUUCAUCAAUUCAGUGUAUUACAAGUAUGUGUGUAAGAUCUUACCAAAGACUUGAUACAUAUAAUGUUGUUGUUGGUAAUUCAUCUGGUGCUGUACGAAUAUAUUUAUGCAUUUUAAAGCCAAAAAUUAGUCCAUACGAAGGGCGUUAUAUUUAUCAGUCAGGAAAUGCAAUGUCUGAACUUCAUUUCCAACUUAUUGAUACUUUAUGGUCACAUUCUAUGAAUCAUAAUAUAAAUGAUGGUGUAACAGAAAAAAAUGGUGGGACAUUAUGUUCUGCAAGUGUUUUCAGUGUAG